AUGACGAAGAACCCGGUCAACCACGGCCGUGCCAAGCACAUUGACAUAAAGUAUCAUCACAUCCGUGAUGAGGUCAAGCGCGGUGAAGUGAAGCUCAAGUACUGUGAAACUGCAGUGAUGUUAGCGGACAUCAUGACGAAGGGACUUCACAGUCCACGCUACAAGGAGAUGAUGGAGGCUCUCGGGAUCUGUGCGUGUUCGCAUUGA